GCACCUCAUAUUGUACACUCUAUAUUAUCUGCAACUUCCCUUUCCAAAACACUAUUUGGCUGCUUGGUUGCCGAUUCUGCUUGUUUCAGUUGGAGAACCGAAGAGAAGCAAAUAAUGACAGACCUUGCAUAAUGUCAAGCGCAAGUAAAGAGCAUUUUGUAACGGUGGUACCUGUAUCGGAGAAGGGACUCAUCGGACCUAUUAGUGGACCCGGAAACUCGGUCACGUUGGGGUCGCAUCAGGGCCAGCUACACUCCUCAGUGAGGACAUCUCAUUCAGGCUCACACAGCCGGUCCUUUGCCGCGCCCAAUGUUACCGUUCUUGAGGUAAAGAACAACAUGUCGCCAUAUUCCACAGCAUCGGUGAUGACUUCCAACCAUGAGAGCAGCUCCUUGUUGGGUGGUAGCAAUUCAAUACUUGACCAUGCGACGAUUUAUCGUCUUCCUGGAGAAAGACUCGGUAUGGCACUGAAGUUUGUCGGCGGGACGAAUGCUGGAGACACCGUAUCAAGGGUGUUUAUACAAAGCAUAAACCCUGACAGUCCUGCCUCGAGGGCACAAAGUAAUGUAACUCCGAUCAGGGAAGGCGAUGAGAUACUGCGUAUCGGUGAGCGUGAGGUGACAUCAAUGACCCGUUUGGACUGUGUCACGCUCUUAAGAGAUUCGCCAGUCUGUAUCAAUUUAACUAUCAGACAUAUGAGCGGCGCUAUCCUGUCUGAAACACCACCAACACAUGGGAUCACUUCUGCUUUGCCGCUAACCAACGGGAGCACCGCUGGUUCCCACAAUAACGCAGCUGGGUCGGGUCGGACCCAGAGUCCAAAUAACGGCGAGAUGUCGGUGCCACAUGGCGGUCAUGUUACCCGAAACAAACGAGAUCCGCCACCAAUUCCUCCGAGAAAAUCACCGGCGGAACCUCGAACGACUUCUCUGCCUCCCCUACGGCUGGCCCAGAGCUCUGAUGGGGGCUCAGGACUCAAUGCUCACUCGCAGCAAAUACACGUUUCGGAUCGCUUCCACGUGCAGCAACAGCAACGAACUCUUGUUAAAUCUUUGUCGACGAAAAGCCUGGAUCGUGUCGGCUCGUCUGAGGGCAUCGUACGACCCUCAAUACCGCCGCCGUUACCCCCACGGAAGCCGACUAAGGAUAUGGACACAACGCAAAAACCGGAUGACUAUCGACAGGACAACAGCCUUAAAGAAACCAAUCGACCCCAGAGCGUACCGCCUCCUCCGCCACCACGCAAAGAUGUUGACGACAUUUCAAUGCUCAAUACCGGAACUGGCAUUAAUAACGGUACCGCUGGCUCGGAUGAGGUCGAUGGCGCUCUCCCCCGACGUGUAGGGGGAAUGCUGCAGAGAACGCGAAGCGCUCCUUCUGCCGAUGAACGUCCACAUUUUGAGCGCCCCGCCGAGGCUGAAGCCUACACCGAUUUGUUCGCGGACACUGAAGAUGCCGAAAGUUACGUGGACGAAUCGGAUGAUACGGCGUCUUCGGUAUCAACUGUAAUCGACCGCUUGCACAGUCGUUCCUCAACGGCAAAUUCAAGCUUCUCGGAACAUGGAAGCGGUUACGAACGUCCCUCAGUACCUCGUUUCGCAGGCGUCGAGCUUGAGCGAGCCAUGCACCCACUUGUGGAUAUGCAACGCGACAGAGAUUUUCAACAGCAGCAACAACAAAUGCAACAGUCCCGAGAUGUACCUAUGAAAGGAACUCAAAAGGCACCCGAAGUGCCACCCAGGCCUAGCGUUCAGCAUAAACAGAUGCCGCGGGAGGAGCUAAACUUAAGCGAGACUCCCGAGCCACAACCGGUAUCACAGCUAAUCGACCUAGAGGCGACAAUGGAAAUCGAGCAUGAACCAAACCCGCAACUGGUCCUUCCGAAACAGGACGAGGCCGCGCAUCAAAAGGUUGAUAAAAAAAGUGGAACCGAUGAGCCCCAAGGACGCGAGGAAACCCUGGAAGUCAUAAACACAGACUAUGAAAAGUGCCAAAUCAUCGCAGCUAAGUGCCAGAGUACCCUAAUUGGGGAUAAAUGCAAGAUUUCAUCGAAGGAACAAAAAUUCACAUCUUUACAUCACGUUCAAAGACAGGAUGGCAGCAAGACUGUUGAACGUGAGAAUAAGAUUAGCGGUAAUGCUGUUAGCGAUCACACAAGCAAUGAAACCCAGAAUCAACAUCAGCAAAUUGUCCCUGACCCACCGACUCUCCUAGACAAACCAGAUUUAAAGGCCUGUACUCCUAUAGCUCAUGGUGAUCAGCUAUUCUCUACGGAAGAUUUCAAUGACAUCAGUACCUUCGAAGGCCUCGAGCGUCGCUCGCCUUCAGGCGACUCGUUUAACUCCUCAUCAUCUUCUCAAUCGGCUGAUUCGGUUGUCGAUGCCGGUUCCCCGUCGCCACCAUCCACCGGCAGCCCAGUUCUAAAUCGUUUCAAGGAAAAUUCAGUGACUGUGCAGGAGCCUCGUCAGGAAUCAGCUAAAGAAUCGCCGGAACUAAGGAGCUUAGCACCCGUUUGCCACCGUCACGAACCGGAAUCUGAGUCUACAGUUGUCGCCGCGAAUGCGAGUAACACGCUUUCGGAUGGCCGCACUUCCGUGGCCGCCCAUCCCCCGUCGAGUCACGUCGUCGGCAGCCGCCACGAGCUCUCCCCCGAAAUAGACCUUCUGCAGAAAACAGAGGUCCAGCAAGAAAGUUUGACCGCUCCGGAGCAAGAAACCGAGCAGCAGGUUCAACAGCAGGAAGAGUGGAAAGACUACGACGACGUUCAGCUUUUGCCGAGUCAAGAGAGAGAAUCGGAUAUAGUUCGUCAAGCAGAGCCCGCACGUGAAAACUCUUUUACAGGACACGGAACCGUCGAAGACAAGGUGGAAAAGACGCAGUAUUUCACUAGAAAUCUUGAUCAAGUUCAAAGUGGAAAACCAAAGGAAGAGGUCAAGAUGCUAACGACAGCGGUGAGAUUCAACGGGAACAACACCACUACUGCUGGUAGUCGAUUGCCUCCGGAUGGCCACGAGUUUCCUUCAAGCUUUACCGAAGAACCGACAGGUCUCGACAUAAGUAACAUGUCUAUUCGAGGCGGUUGGAAGGACGCUUUCCGAGGUCACAAAUCGGUGUCCGUCGACGAUUCUGGCGUCUUCUGCUCGACGCCAUCUUCCGACGAAAGUCCAUCACCCACACACAAGUCACCUUCGCCGUCUUUCUCCGCUUCGCCGACGCAUCCGGAGAGUGCUCUCCUCGCUAAUCAAUACCAGUCACCAAUCAAUGGGGACAGGCGAGGUUCAGUAUCCUCAGUGUACUCUAAGUAUCGUGAGGCUUCACAGAAGCGCUAUUGCGGGAUGCUUAUGUCUAUGUUGGAACCAUCAUCCGAGCCCAAACCCAAACUGAAAGGCCUCGUGCUAUCCAAAUCUGUACCUCCAGCUCCGGCAAGUUCUAAACUACUUCCCGUUAUCAUAACAAGCCCAACUGUGGCAAAAGUUGACAGUACUCCGGUCGUGGCCCAGCGAGCCCAGAAAGCGCAAAGUUCGCGACCACUUGUAGAACACAGGAGUUCGGCACCACCCCUUUCGUCAGUAUUCCGAAAAAGUCUCGGAUUCAACGAAGUCAACGAAUGGAAUACUCCAUCCCGCCCCGCGCCGCCGCUUCCUGAAAACGGUUCUUCUCAAGACGUUACUCCGCCGAAAGGAGAGCUCAUUGAAAGAUACCUUAGCUCGUGCUCUAGCCAGGAUAGCACGAACUCUUUCCAGGAAGACGCGUGCGACGUGAGCCGUAGCAGAAACGGCCGUAGCGGUUCAUUCGCCAAUAUCACUACCAUUAAGGAUGCAGAACUAUUCGCGCGUAGCUCAAUUGGCGAGGCCCGUUCAAAAUGGCAGUCGAUGGAAUUCCAAUAUGGGCCAUCGUCCUUGGGCCAGGGUCCUGUUAUGGGUCCACCUCCUGUUCCCCCUCGACCUGCUUCUAGACAACUUGAGCAUCGUUUUGAGUCGGCCUACAAUGCUAGUGGAUUGAAAUCUGCAAAGUCUGAAGCUUCCUUAAACAGCAUCUCACAACAGAGUAACAGCUCUGUUGAUAGCGACAGCGUGCCUGGUCCCCAGAACUUCCGCGCUCUGGCCGCGAAAUGGGAACAACGAUCGGCCCAAGAUACGGCCCCGCCGAUUCCCGCUCGCAAACUCAGUGACACACGACCCCCAACUGGGCCAGUCCCGAAGCCAGCAUCACGAGUCAGUGUAUCGAUGUCACACAACAACGGCUCGACGUUUAGCAAUUCUGACAGGUUAGACUUACUACCGCCGCCCAUGAUUCCGCCACCUGGCCCACCGCCUGCCGCACCCAUAGCUUCGCCCACAGGAUCACCUGUACCGGCUCCUGUUCGGCCUGCUCCUCGAGGCACUUCUGAUCUGAAGAAGACUUUCGAGGACGUGCAAAGGCCCCUAAAGACAGUGGAGCAUCGCCGGUUCUCCAGUAUCGACUCGAACGAUUCCGGAAACAGCUCAACCUCCAACCGUGAGCAAUAUUCCUCGUUGACGUCGCUGGCGUCCACAACAUCGUCUCUCAUCUCACCACAGGAUCUUCAGCAGCUGAUUGACGAUGCAAACCAAGCGCUUGCUGAAGAAGAGGGCGGCCGAGGUGAGGCUCACGACGUCUACGUGGUCGUCCUUCACAAAGACAGCCCAACUUCAGGCGCUGGCAUCACUCUUGCAGGAGGAAGCGACUAUGAAUCUAAGGAGAUCACGGUACACAAGGUGAUAACCGGGAGUGCGGCUGAUCGCGAUGGUCGAAUCCGUCGGGCUGACCGCGUGCUGUCCAUUAACGGUCGGCCGUUAAAGGGUGCAACCCACCGAGAAGCUCUCGAUAUUCUCAAAAGCCCACGACCCGAAGUGGUACUUGUGUUGAGUCGCGAACCAUCCGGACGUGGUUCAUCAGGGACACGUUCGAGUCUUAGUCGAGCCAGCAGCGUGUCUAGUGUACUUGAUGUGAUCGACGAGCCUUCAUGUGACGGUCCUCUGCCUACCUUUCAAGGAUCGACCCUGAUCGUUCUAGAAAAGGACAAGGUUGGCCUUGGUUUCACCCUUCAAGGCGGCAAGGACUCCCCUUUAGGCAACCGUGCCCUUACUAUUAACCGGAUCUUCAGCUGCGGCGCUGCUGAACGCGACGGACGUCUCCAACCUGGCGACGAGCUUCUGGCGAUCAAUCAAACUGUUACAACUAGCAUGACGCGCACGGAAGCAUGGAAUUUCCUAAAAAAACUCCCAGAAGGACGUAUCUCGUUUACCGUUCGGCAACAAGCGCGGUCUUGAACGCUGUUCCCGAACGCGGAACCUUACUUGAGCACAAACGAAAGAUAUCACAAAAGGAAAAUCAUACAGUCAAGCAAAUAAAUAUAAUCCAAAUCGACCUUCAUUAUGAAUGUCCCUUUGAUGUUAAAUCUCCAUCCACACGAGUGCCGCUCACACGGACCAGAAGGACGUAAUUAACUACCAGCUUUCCGUGAAAUAAGGAUUUUGAUUCCUGCGACUUUGGAUACAAGGAUUGCAGAACAGAGAAACGCUACCUUCAUAGCACGCAUCGACAACCCUUUUUUCGCGUUUUAGAGAACAAUCCGUUAUGUUACCUAUUGAUUAUUAAAUAAUCGCAGUGUAUCCUCGUUUCGUUAUGGGUAGGGUAGUGCGUUUUAAUUGGGAAUUCAUAGAAAUCGAGGCCAUGUACCGCAAUCCUGUCCUCUGCUAUUAUAACUUUACAGAAUGAGGGAUGAAAAUUUGAAAGGGUAGCCAGUUUAUGCCUCUGAGAACUCGUGAGGUGAUUGCUUGUCUUGGUAGUCUUGUGCCAGCCCGCACAUUAACACGAAAUGGGUCGUCUUACACGCGAGCAGGCUAUACUAUGUUUAAACAGCCUGGAUAUACAUAUGUAUGCAUAUCUUCGUUGUAACCUGCAUUGUGGGUUGCGUUUAUGAUGCCCAUGCGUUGUCGUUCCUCGUGAUGAGUUUUCUAUUUCUUGUGCAUCUGUUACGUUCUGUCGGUUUGCAUUCGCGGGACUGCACCGGCUAUUGUUGAAUAUAUUUGCACGUGCAUAUACUGUGCCAAUGAUGCAUGACAACACAUCAGUGUAGAGUAUGACGGACAGUAGCGAUCCUCACAACACUCUCAACCAGUGUUCUCUGACCAAUUGGACUCGUGUGAAAUGCCCGACCUAAAUUAAUGUCGCUGCCAAAAUGUUAUAGUAGUGAUGGUGAAAAAUAUGAUGGAGGAGCUCUGUUGUAUUCAAUGUGAUCAUACACUCCACCCGCAUGUUUCAUGAGCGAGCGACAACCAACCAAUAACGAGACCACCGAAUAUGUCAGCCCGUAGAAAAGCGAAGAAAAAACUGGCGCCGACAUAUUAGUUAAUCGUAAGUCCUCACAGAUAUGCGCAUACGUAAUGAAACACAUAUUAGUAUAGCUGGCAUAGUACCAAUCAUAACACCAACAGUAUGAAAAGGACCGAGAUGAACAACCUGUGUCCACAAGUGCCUCUGAUCCAUUAACUAUUUAGCAAGUCUUAAGGUACCAAUCACUAUCACAAUUAAAGCGAAGCAGGUCACCGCGGAGUCGCCUUGUUUAAGGGACGCUAUGACCUCCUGCUGUUCAAAGAUACUACUUCUAGUUUCCUUUGAAGUCCCGGACACGUUGAAUAGGAAAAUACGAGACGCGAUGAUGUUCACCGGGGACGAAGAAAAAUAUAUUAUCUUUAACUCUGCUGCAGUUGUAAGUUACAAAUUAAACAAAAAACAGACAGAGUUUAAUUUUGAAAAGCGCCGCGCAAUAUAUA